CCCCUUACUGCUGCUGCUAGUUUCAGUGUGUAAACAUGGAGCGGCACUGAAUCACGUACUAUAUUCAUUGCUGUAGAGUUUCCUCCACACUGGGAACUUCUCACCAGAGGUUGUUGCUGUAUGAUGAGUUCUCAGCAGUUUCCCAGAGCGCCUCUGCCUUCUGCAGGAGUGGGACAAGGACCGCCUGCAGCCAGCAGUAACCUCAUACCAGGGGGUCCGACAGGUGCAGAAGACAGCAGCAGGGACCCGGACCGCCCUCACCCUCAGGACCCCAGCGGCGGCGUGAUCGGAGCAGCCCUGUCGUUUCGUGAUGAGAAGCAGGAGACCGUGGUGGUCAGACCGUACCCUCAGAUGCAGACCCAGACUCUGGCGCAUCACGUGCCCAUUCAGCCCGGUCCCACCGUCACCAUGGCGACGCCACCGGCUCUCCUAGCACCCGGCCAGGUUGGUUUGAGGUCUCCCAUGCCCAGUCGGCUGAUCGCUCCGGCCCCGGCUGCCACUCAGGGCCACAUUCCCUCCGCCCCCAUCCCGGUGGCUACCAUCAGCGGUCAGCAGGGACCGGGUAACCUGCACCACCUGAUGACCAACGUACAGAUAAUCAGGAGCAGCACGCCUGCACUGCAGAUCACUUCUCCCACCGCGCCACCACACACAUUCACCUCCCACCUACCCCGGGGUGCAGCCGCUGCAGCUGUGAUGUCCAGCACCAAAGGUCCAGCUGUUCUGAGACCCGCGUGUGGAGCGAAUGCAGCACCGGGUCAGCCGGCCGCCAAGCAGCACAUCAUCCAUCAGUCCAUUCCGUCUCGACCUACGGCCAUCACCUCCACCGCCGUGCUACCCACCGUGGUGGCUCCCAUCUCAGCAGCCAGAAUGCAGUCUCCCAUAACACACACGGCAGAGAUAGUACACGGGCGCCCGGGUCUCGCCAUCCACCCUCCUCCGGCUACGAUCAGCGUUCAGAGGCCGCCGGCUCCAAGGGACACACCGACGCGCAUCACGCUGCCCUCCCAUCCGGCCAUGGGAACCCAGAAAGGCCAGCCGGCACACAGCAUGACCCAGAAGCCCAUUUUCAGCACGGUGACGCCUGUUGCUGCGGCGACCGUCGCGCCCAUUUUAGCCACCAACACCGUCCCGUCAAGCACCACGACAGGCUCGGCACCGCAUACCCAGAUGAGCAGCGGUACCAUAGUCACCGUGACCAUGGCGUCCCACUCCUCCCACGCCACGGCGGUCACCAGCUCCGCCAUCCCUGUUGCUAAAGUGGUUCCUCAGCCGAUCGCCCACACUGCCCCUCGUAUCCCGCCGGAGUAUUCCGGAGAGAGAACCAACCUGAUUCCCAUCUCCGGCCAGCGUUCCUCCCCAAACCCCGUCACCAUGGAGACCCGCAGUGACAACAGGCCGCCCGUACCAGUCCAGUUCCAGUAUUUUGUACCCACAUACUCGUCCGCCUAUCCGCUCACACACCCCUACACCCCCAUCACCUCCACCGUGUCCACCUUACGACCCUAUCCAGUCACGGCACAGGCUCCGAGCUCGGCCCUUCCCGCUCAGGCCGGAGUAGGCGUGGCCACUACCGUGCUCAUGGCUGUGGAUCGCAUCGGCCUGCAGUCGGCUCAGAUCGGCGCUCAGAACAUCCAGCAUGGCGUGCAGGCCGCGCCGAUCGGGGUGCAGGGCCUACACGCCGCCGCACCGAUCGCCACGCAGGCGAUCCAGCAGGUUCCGGUAGCCGCGCAGCAGCCGCAGCCAGAGCCGAAACCUCCAGGUGUCGUCCUCGCAGAGAGCACAGCGUUCGUGGCCAACCCGAUCGGUAGCGCGUUCUGCGCCACCCAGCCCGCCGCCACGGUCGUCCAGGCGCACCCACAGGGUACGGGCACAGGCGCACCCACGCUCGUCUCCUCCCCCAGACCGAGCAUCCUCCGGAAGAAGCCGGUGAAUGAGGGGGCCGUACGUAAAAGUCUGAUCCCGGCGCAGUCUAGCGAGCCGACGUCCAUCAGAGUGGAAGGUGGGGUGAGACUGGCUGGAUCUCCACGCCCAGCGGGAAUCAAGCCCAAGGCCGACGCCCACAUCACCAUGAUGUCUCCGUUGAUGGCGGCUGUGGAGGCUUUGCCCGCUCACGGGGGAGAUCAGCAGCCCCUCUCGGUUCCUGCCCAGCAUCUCACGCAGGCCAUCCCCACCCUGCUGGCUCAGCCCAUCUCCGCCCCUCCGUCUCAACCCGCCGCGGUUCUGUCCGCGCUCCCCGCAGCCAUGGCCGUGACUCCUCCUGUUCCUGCGUCCGUGGCCAACGCCGUCUCCUCUCCCGCCCAGCCGGCGGCCAGCGGCACCGCAGCACUCGGCUCCACGCUCAUAGAGGUCAAGGUCAAGCGGGAGGCGGAGAGCAUGGACACGUCCCAGUCAGCCCUCACCAUCCCCUCCCAGGCCCCCGGCCUCACCGCGCCCCUUCAGUCCGGAGAUCUUCCGCCCGGCGCUUCCCCGAGAAAGAAGCCGCGCAAACAGCAGCACGUCAUCUCCAACGAGGAGGGCGAGAUGAUGGAGACCAACAGCACGGACGAGGAAAGGGCCGGCGGCAGAACUCCGGGGAGCAAGGCCGAGAGAGCGCGGUCACCUCCGCGUGAAUAUGUGGAUGAAGAAGGUGUGCGAUACGUGCCCGUCCGCCCCAGACCCCCCAUCACCCUCCUCCGUCAUUACAGGAACCCCUGGAGGGCCGCCUAUCACCACUUCCAGAGAUACACCGACAUCCGGAUCAAAGACGAGAAGAAGAGUUCCCUGCAGGACGUCGCCAGUCAGAAGGGGGUUGCGUGUCGUGCCCAGGGCUGGAAAGUGCAUUUGUGUGCUGCGCAGCUCAAGCAGCUGACGAGUCUGGAGCAUGACGUGUACAGCCGCCUCACCACCCUGCAGGAAGGACUGAUCCCAAAGAAGAGAGCCGGAGCCGAUGAUGACCUGCACCGCAUCAACGAGCUCAUCCAGGGUAACAUGCAGCGCUGCAAGCUGGUGAUGGACCAGGUAUCUGAAGCCAGGGACACCAUGAUGAAAGUCCUGGAUCAUAAGGAACGAGUUCUGAAGCUGAUCAACAAGAACGCCGCCACCAAGAGGAGCUCGAAGUUAAAGCGCAAGGAGCGCGCCUGAACACCACCACCGACGAAAUCUACCUAAUGGAAUCACAUGGAGUUAUAGUGACCCGGUAUUCGGACCCAGUCGUGGUCGCUCUGCACAAUCGCUCAUAUAAUCAGAAUACGUCACGUUGUUUUUAUCGGUCCGUGUAGAACCACAAACUCGGUUCUACAGGACGUGCUGCUCCCCGAGGACCGCCGGGGGUCUAAUUAAACACAUCAAUCGCCGACCCCGGGUUCAUUAUGACUGAACGUGGCGUGUACGGUGGACGUCUCAGUGCCUUCUGCCGUGCGUGUAGCCGAGGAAGCCGAAAAAGCGUUUUCAUUUCCUCUGUAUAAACCACAUCAGGUGGUAAAUUCCAACAUUGCACGGUUUUGGACCUGUGGGUGGAAACCGGAGCGCCCGGAGGAAACCCACGCCGACAAAGGGCGUACCCCGGGCAUCCUUGCUGAGAGUGCUACUCAAUCCGCCACUGUGCCGCCCUGUUCUGUAUGUUAAUAUAGAUUUAUACAGAGUAAGCCGACGCCCGUAAGAGAUCCGAAGCUUGUAGAUGUCGUGUACAGACUCGAAAGAGAGAUUAUAAUUGUGAAAUAAGGACGUGUGAAUAAUUUUCUGUUGCUCAGAAGAGAUCGAAGUCUGUUUUUGUGUUUGGUGAGAACGUUUUCGUGCCCUGGUUACGUGGCUCUUAUUUUAUAGGUUGUAAGUGAACGUCCGUGAUUAUAACUUGAGUUUAAAGAUCGUUUUGAACCUUUUGUACUUUUUUUGGGGGUUUAUUACACUGUUAUGUGCUAUUGCAGUAAAGAAAGCUGUACGUA